AUGGAGCAAGCUGAAUGUUUUCGAUCAGUAUCAAUAUAUCUAUUUGCAACAGUUGCGCAGUCUCUCAUGUAUUUUGUCAUCGUGCUUGAUAUGCUGAUUGCAGUCACGCUACCAAUGAAGUUAGUGAGCUUUAUAGCACCUGAUGUUGUCACGGCACUCAGCGCACUCAUGGCAGUAAUGAAUACUGGAGCCAUCGUCGUCGUCAUUGCUCUGGUAAUCGUCGUUGCAAAAAAUGAGAAAAGUCUCAAGGAUUCACGACACAGAGGAAGCUCUCCAACUGUUCCGUGCGCUAUAACCUGUAAUACAAUUCGAGUGAUGUCGCGUAUGGUCACUCUGUUUGUGUGCACUUGGUACUUCUGCGUUACUACCGUACUAGUAGCAGUAAAUCUGAAAUUACCAGAAGACUAUUUAGACCACAUCAUAACGAUCAAUAUGAUACCUGCAAUGAUGGCAUAUUCUCAAAACUUCUAUGGCCUCCACGCGUGCUCACGGUAUGCUCCCAUCCUGCGGCAGCAAGGAGCUUGGUUCAGAAGGUGUUUGAAAGUGGAAGACAAAGUGUCUACAGUCAAAUCGACUACGACAAGCUCAGAAUCAGCAUUAGUUAGCGAGCAUACAUUCUCGACUGGGUCAAAAAGUGCUAUCUUUUGA